AUGAGCGGUUGCGCUGCCAUGGCCGUCUCACGUCAAGGUUGGUUACACUGCCAACUUUGCAUCAUUCGAGCUGGCUGCGAAGGUUCUUGCGACCCGCCUGCUGGUUGGUGGACAAAGGGGAUCUUCACGGCGGUCAGCACGCAGCACGCAGCCUCGCCUUGCCCGGCAGACCGCCCAACGGACCGCGCCACGGGUGGCUUUGUGCAUGUUGACAGCGGCUUCUUUGUCCUGGUCAACAAACGGCGUUCGUGCAACCCCGUUCCGAGCACUCGAGAGAAAAGGAGGCGAGAUUGGAACAGGUCCCACCGAGUCGGACCGGAUCUUGGUCCUGUUUUGGUAUCCAACAUCUUCAACUUCCCAUCUGGAUAUGUGACCAAAGGGACUAUGGCGCCUGUCAGCAGUCUGGUCCCAUUCGGUCUUGAAAAGCGGUUUCCAAGGCCAGUCACGACACGAACCUCGCCACCGACAAGAGACAGUUUGAGCCCUGAGGGUGGCUUCCUCGAGGCAUGGGCGCAAGGCUACAAUGUGGGAAGCUUGAUCAUCCUCAUCUUGAUCGUGUUUUGUAAUUAUCGAUCGGGCAUAUGGCUACACAAGCUCAUUCUACUUGAACUCGUCCUUGCCCUGUGGCAUGGCACAUUCAUCUUCAUCGAUGAUCCAUACUAUGGCUGGUACCUUUCAGCAACUGCAACUCUCCUCUUCAUCUCUUACUUUCUCCACAACGUUGUUUCCUGGCUGAAGAUCCGCCCGUUUUUGCCCCGUUCAGGCUCCCGCUUCUUCAUCAUCUCACUCCUCUGUGUCCAGCCUUUCUGGGUCGCCGAAGCCUGGUCCAACUUUGAAUACUUCAACUCUCUCGGAUCCGAAGUCAACGUCCAAAUGCGCCCGUGGGAAGCUUUGCUCCGCGACCCUUGGUGGAUCUUCACCACCUGGAAGCUAAUCGAUGCCAUCAAGAAGACGUAUAAUUUCAAGCUCAAGGCGCUGAUCAAGAUCAACCGACGAUUCGGCGUCAUGCUGCUCUGCAUGUUCCUCUCCAUCGUCUUCCUCCUAACAGACGUCGUCAUCAGUGCUGCAAAAGUCUCGGCAAACAGCGGCAUCAACCCUUACUGGCGCUUCGCCCUUGUCUUCAAAUGUGCCUCCGACACCAUUUUCCUCGACGACUUCAAGUCCGUCCUCGACGACAUCGUCAUGCGCAAAUUCAGCUCCGGAGCCGGCACAGCCCGCCGCCACUCCCUCACUGCCAAUCGUAGCGGGGUCUCGCGCUGUGCUUCGCGCGGCGAAGACUUUCUCGAAUGCACCUUUCUCGAGGACCCCGUCAUCAAGCCCGCCCAACCCUCACCUGACGACGCAACCUCGUCGAGCUCAAGGCGACAGAGACUGUUGAAGCCCUUUGCAGGCACCAAAACUAGCCGCCGCCUUGUACCGACGAUCCAGGUCCAGCAUGAGAUUGCAGUUACCUCGCAGGACAGGACCGAGCGCCAGGAUAGCCCCAGUAGCCAGAAUCCAAUGCUGCCGCGCCCGCAUUUGUUCCUUUGCGAAUCUGUUCGUUACUCGACCGGAAAUGGCGUGUAUUACAAAAGGUUACAGAGAGCGUGUCUGUAUAGCUUCUCGAAGCGCUUACAUGUCGCCGAGUACGACUGCACCGUCGGCCAUAUACCCGGCCAACGCGAGCUCCUAAGCUACGCACCUGCGCAAUCCUGUCCCCGAGUCCUCAUCGGCCACACUGGAGACGCUGGUCCAUGA